GGGGAGGAGCUAGUAGGCUAAUGGCGUCGCGAAGGCCUCAGUCCCCUAUGCCGCGGUUUCCGCGGGGCCAGUCUGGAUUAGGCCGCACUCCACUCGACCCCUGACCGGCUGCAGCUCUUCUCACCCCGCGGCCGCUUCUCUCCACCUCCCCCUCCGGUCUGACCGCCGCUGGAGUAUUGGCGCCUCCGCCGCGCCAGGCCUGGGCCUCAGGGUUCUCCACAAUCUUCGUUUCAUGAGAACCAUUGACUGGUAGCAGAGAAUUUGCCCCGUUGCCCGGACUGUCGAUGCGCCCUCCCCCCACCGAGUGGAGAUAAAGAGGGCCCCCCUGCCACCCUCUGUGGUGACCAGCCAGCAUGGCGUCUGUUCCAGUCUACUGCUUGUGCCGUCUGCCCUAUGACGUUACCCGCUUUAUGAUCGAAUGUGAUGUCUGCCAAGACUGGUUCCACGGCAGCUGUGUUGGUGUGGAGGAGGAAAACGCCUCAGAGAUCGACCUGUAUCAUUGUCCGAACUGCCAGAUCACUCACGGGCCGCCAGUCAUGAAGAAAAGACGAAAUGCUAAGCCAGAUCCUUCUGUGACCAAGGAGGUGGGGAAGCCGGUGCAGAUCGGAAGCGCAGGCUUCAUCAAGGAGCUUCGGAGCAGGAAUUUUCCAAGUGCAGAGGAGGUGAUCCUGAAGCCGCAGGGAGCUCAGCUAACCGUGGAGUAUUUGGAGGAGAACAGCUUCAGCGUCCCCAUCCUGGUUCUGAAAAAAGAUGGACUCGGCAUGACCCUUCCCCCGCCCUCUUUCACAGUAAACGAUGUUGAGUACUAUGUGGGGGGAGAGAAGGAGAUUGAUGUCAUUGACGUGACGAGGCAGGCCGACAUGAAGAUGAAGCUGAAUGAUUUUGUGAAAUAUUACAAUGGCCCCAAAAGGGAGAAAGUGCUGAACGUCAUCAGCUUGGAGUUCUCAGAGACGAGGUUAUCGAACCUUGUGGAAACUCCCAAAAUUGUCCGCAAAUUGUCCUGGGUUGAGAACUUGUGGCCGGAGCAGAGUGUAUUUGAGAGACCGAAUGUCCAGAAAUACUGCCUGAUGGGCGUCAAGGACAGUUACACAGAUUUCCACAUAGACUUUGGGGGCACCUCUGUCUGGUACCAUGUGUUAAAGGGAGAAAAGAUUUUCUACUUGAUCCAGCCAACCAAGACUAACCUGGCCUUGUUUGAAUGCUGGAGCAGCUCCUCUAACCAGAAUGAAAUGUUUUUUGGCGAUCAGGUGGACAAUUGUUACCGGUGUCCAGUUAAACAGGGGCAGACGCUCUUCAUACCCACAGGGUGGAUCCACGCUGUGCUCACUCCGGUGGACUGUGUAGCUUUUGGAGGAAACUUUCUGCACAGUCUAAACAUUGCCAUGCAGCUCAGAGCAUAUGAAAUCGAGAAGAGGUUGAGUACGGCCGAUCUCUUUAAGUUUCCAAAUUUUGAGUCUAUUUGUUGGUACGUGGGGAAGCAUUUACUGGAUACAUUUAGAGGUCUGAGAGAGAACAGAAGACACCCUGCGUCUUAUUUACUGCAUGGAGCCAAGGCCCUGAACACUGCGUUCAAAGUUUGGACCAAGAAGGAGGCAAUUAUGGAUCAUGAGGAAGAGAUUCCAGAGACCAUCAUUACUGCACAGCUCAUCAAGGACUUGGAUCGCGAAGUCAAACUUAUGGAGGAUAUCGUCCAUCAAAACAUUGAGAAAACUGGGAAUCUGUUGGGUAUGACUCGAAGUCCCAUCACUGGCACGUCCACUCCUGUCAGAAAGAAAAUUUUCAAAACCAAGGAACUGUUAAAGAAAGGGGGAAGGAUUCGUCUGGAGGAUGACUUGAGCUCAGAGCUUUCUGACAUGCAGGGGAACACCUUGAUUCCCAAGGAAGAAAUGACCGACGAUGACUUCAUGGAUGAUCUUGAUGAAAAGCCCGAUGGCUGCCUACUGGAUUCAGACUUAACUGAGAGCAAACUGCGACUGGUCCUGGCGAACGGUGUAAAUCUGAGUGGCAAAAAGAUUCGCGUAGGAGCAGGAAGUCGGCGUCAGGGAUUAGUCCCAAAAACCCCUAAAAGUGAAACUAUGGAUCCAGAACUUUCUCCCAGUGACCCCUUCUUCAUGGACUCUGAAGAAGACCUUCAAAUUGAUGAGAGCCCACGCAAAGAGAGAAGGCUGGCUCCUCCAAAAAGAAAGCUCCAUAAAUUCCCACGGAAACUCCCAAGAGCGAAGCCGUGUUCAGACCCUAAUCGGGUGAGGGAGCCUGGAGAGCUGGAGUUUGACGUGGAGGAAGAUUAUACCACAGAUGAGGAGAUGGGAGAAGCCGAUGAAGACGAACUUGGCGCAAGCAGCGGAGGAAUAUUAGACCUUCUAAAGGCUAGUCGACAGGUCGGAGGCCCGGACUAUUCUGAGAUUGAUGAAGCUCCUGCGUCUCCGAGCACCCAAGAAGCUAUCCAGGGCAUGCUCUGCAUGGCAAAUCUGCAAGCUGCCGCCUCCUCCUCUACGCCCUCUAAUCUGCAAGCUUGGUGGGCAGCAGGUCAAGAGGGCGGGGCUUCAGGAAACCUACCACAAGGUGUAAAAGUUGCAGGGAGCAACAAGGUUGGCAGCAAUGGUACCAGCGGAGGAACGGGAAACAGUAGAGUUAUUCUGAGGCCAGGAAAGAGGCCGGUAAGACGACCAGCACAUCGCAGCAUGGACAGUGAGGAUGACGACGACAGUGCAGAUGAGCAGGAGACCCUGGGAGCAUGCUUCAAAGACUCAGAGUACAUUUACCCUUCUCUGGAGUCAGAUGAUGAUGACCCAGCCCUGAGGUCACGUCCCAAGAGAAAGAAGCAGACCGACGACGCUCCAUGGAACCCAAAAGCUCGCGUCACUCCAACACUUCCUAAACAGGCUCGGCCGGUUCGUGAGGGGACACGUGUGGCCUCAGUGGAGACGGGGUUAGCGGUGGCUGCAGCAAGGCUCUCUCAGCAGGAGCAACAGAAAUCUCAGAAGAAAAAGGUCGUCACUAAGAAGAAGCCGCCAAGUGAACCUGAACCUCCAGCUGUCCCAUCUGAACCAGAGCCGCCGCCUCCUCCACCAGAGCCACAGAUUGAGGUCUUCUCUGGCAGUCUUGUGGAUCACGAAUACACAGCAGGACCCAAUAUAUUUGGCAUGGCUCAGGUUAACCGAGGCACUACCCCUAUGGCACCAGGUGUCUUCCUAUCCCACCGGCGGCUUUCUGCUACCUCUCCAACCAGUCAAGUAGUUCAGGGGAAGAGACCCAAGAAAGGCUUGGCCACUGCAAAACAGCGACUGGGCAAGAUCUUGAAGAUCCACAGGAAUGGAAAGCUGCUUCUGCUGUGACCUCCUUCCCUCAACUCUUGGUUGUCCCUCCAGCUGAGUAGACUUUUCUAGGGCCAUGGGACAAAACCCUCAGAAAGCAGAGCUGUCUUGCCCCCAAGCUGUGCUCAACACUUAAACUACAUAUAAACAUUACAUAUUUUACAGAGAAACAAACCAAAAUGGCAGGCUGGACCCAAUGCUGUGGGCGUAGCAGCUAAACUUCAUCGUCCGCCCUGCUGUGGGCUUUCUUCCAUGAUGGUCACUGGUUUCACAUUAGAACAUAGAGUGAGAAUCACAUGGAAGGUGCUGACACUUUUUAGCUUGCCACAUGGCCUUCGGGAUGAGCUUUAGGACGUGGAGAGGUUUUAAACAAGGGGCUAGUAGAACAAGAACAAAAAUGUAUAUUUAUCUCUACCGGCCCUCACCCAAACUGUGUGUCCUUCCUCUUGCUUCUCUCCUCACAUCACUAAAAAUCACGAUUUUAUGAAGGUUUUUUUUUUAAACAAAAUACUGUACUCAGCACUUGGACUGGUCUGAAGAUUGUAAAAGGCAUCAUGGUCGUGUGGUUUCUUAUGGGAGGAGAUGGGGCUAGACUUCUGGCCUCUCCCUGUCCAACCUGCCUUCCAUAAACAUAUUUCCCCCCCAUUUUUUAAUGCAGAUGGACUGUGUUGGGGUAAAAGGGAACUCUUACAGCAGCAUCACAAGCACUCCUAUGUCCCCUUCGUAUUUCCUCUCCAGUAAUGGGAGCAGAAGAACGAAACCUCUCCAGCUUACCAUUUUUGGGAGACAGAAUAUGGACGGGACCCUGGAUCACAGCCGCAUCCCUGUAAAGAUUUUUUUUUUUUUAAAUCAAUGUCAUUUGUUUUCUCUGAUAUCCGUUUGCAGUGCGGUAAUAUGAAGAAGGAUGGCUCGUGCAGCGGGGUCUAGAUUUGUGCCACAUUACAAUGUCUGCAGGCAAACAGCAUAGCCAUUCUACAGCCCCCGUGGGAUCAUAUUAAUUAGAACCAAGUUGUGUUCAUUGUUAAUGGUCAUGCAGUAACCUGCACUAGAUAGUUCAGUUAAAGGGGGAGGGAAGUUGUCUAACUUUUUUUUUUAUACUGAUGAACCAUCAUCAUAUCAACAGGAAUAGAAAUCCAGUGUCGUAAAAUCCAAAACAUCGGGUGCACAAAUCGCUUACGUGUUUUUCACGCGUGUGCUUGCUUAUAGAUCCAUUGUCACAAUAGGUCAUCAGUAUCUGAGGAGGCUGCAGUGCUCUGGAGCGUACUGCAGCCUCCUAACAGCUCACCAAGCACAGCGCCAUACAUUGUAUAGUGGCAGUGCUUGGUAUGACAGCUCAGCCCUAUUCACUUGUAUGGGAAUAAGCUGCACCUAAGCUAUGGGACCUGUGAACAGGAUAGCACUGGCCUAGGGUAACCUGUGAGAUGUCUGGAGCACCACAGCCUCCUUAAAGGGAUUAUCCAAGAGUAUAAAAACCUUCCCCUUAGGCCCAGGUCCCUCACAGUGAAUAUAUUUGCGCCACUUCUCCUGAGAUGCUAGGGAGGCUCGUCUCUGUCCCCAUCCACCCCUGACACCGGAUGUUUUCAUCUGCGGCACAGGGAGCGGGGUAAGUCUAGUCAGUGUGGGGGCCCGGGCACAUGGGGAGAGUUUUACACUCUCAGAUAACCACUUUAAACAGCGGGUGUUGUCCUGCUGCUUCAGUUAUGCGUGGACACAGGAGGACCCCAGUUCACAUGCUCAAUGGGAGUCCUAGCCGUUGGGCUCCCACACAUCAGAUCCUUAUCUCCUAUCCCACAAUACAUGGGACAACCCCUUUAAGCCCUAUGGAUCCAUACAGCACCUUCAGCACUCCAGUAGCAGAGUUAUGGCGCCCCCUUGCUGUCCUCAUUAUGUCCGAUGGCAGUGGUCACACACGCUCAGUCCUAUCACCCGGCUCUUUCACAUGGCUGUGGAAUAAGAGUAGGCACAUUAGUAGCAGCUUGCUCUGAACAUAUUAGGUGGUGGGAAUCAAGAGAACAUUAGGGGGCGCCAUAACAAGCAUGUGGCAGUAAUAUCUACACCUAGGAGCAUUUUUUUUAUUUUGUAUUAUUCAAAUUGACAAAUUAUUUGCAUGAAAUUUAUUUAAAGAAGGAUUACAACAACGGGCUGUUUUUUUGUUGUCCAAAACCAGUGCCACCCUUGUAGAGAUGGGCAGUGUCUGGUAUUGCAGCUCAUCCCCAUUCAAGUCUAUAGGGGCUAAGCGGCCAUGCCAUAGACAGACCGUCUGAGGACAAGAGCGGUGCUGGUCCUGGACAAAAAGCAGACCGUUUUUCUAACCCUGGAUAACGCUGUCAUGCGGACCACGUUGCUGUACUUUUCAUAUCUGCAAAAUGGAUUUUAUACACAGCGUAUUUAACCACAUGAAUGGCUCAGGAAGAAUACACAAUAUCAGACUCACGAGACUUUACCAGUCAGGGGAAUGAGGUUUUAGCAGUUUGUACAAUUUAUUUUUUAUCUUUUAACAGGACAUGAAAAAAAAAAAAAAAUGAAAAAACUAAAAACAGCAGCACCUUUUCAGAUGUGUGAAUAAGUUUCUCACCGUGUUUGCGCAUCGGCUUCAUACUGUCAGGCAGCUGAGUGAGAAGCGUUUCUUAUGUUCAGGUUUCAGUUUACUACUUGUAAUUUAUAUAUUUUUUUAGAAUGUCUGGUUUCCCCUUUAAGUAGCUAUAAAUGAAAACAGCUGCCGGAG